UUUUUCACUUGCAGACUUGUUUUAUUGACUUUGAUUCUCACAGAGAGAUGAGAGGAGCAGUCAUGAGAUUAACAGCAGCAGCAGCAGGUGGAGUUAUUGUCCUUCUCCUCACUGUACCAGUGGUACAGGGCCAGAAUGACUGGAGAGUGACUUACACUUCUACUCAGAUCUGCGCGUUAAAAGGCUCCACGGUGGACAUACAAUGCACCUACAGACACCGAGCUGGGAAAACAUUCUGGUUUUCAAAAGAGAGUAAUAAUGUUUUUGUGGAUCUGAGAACAGACCCGGACUAUGCAGGUCGGGUGCAGUAUCGCUGUGAGAACAGUCUCUGCACUCUGAGAAUCACAGACCUGAGAGAGAGCGACUCAGCUGUGUACUACAUCAGCCAGCCGGAUGGGACGUAUGCUGCUUCACCUGGAGUCACUUUGACCGUCGCAGAUCUUCAGGUCCAGGUGAGGAAAACAGAUGCCUUCAGGACGUCUUUAUGGGCAGAGCUGGAGUGUCACAGCAGCUGUCCUCUACCUGGUCAUCCCUCCUACGUCUGGUACGAGAAUGGACAGAAGAUUCACAGACAAACAUCUAAUACAUGUUCAGUAAACAUGUAUUAUGCACACAGAAGUUAUUCCUGUGCUGUAAGAGGACAUGAAAACUCCCCUUCUCCUUCACUCUCGAUGCAGGGUGAAAACGGCUGGGGAGUGACUUACUCUUCUUCUCAGAUCUGUGGCUUAACAGGAUCAACAGUGGACAUACACUGCACCUACAGAUACCCAUUCAGGAUAUCCUCUAAAUAUACUGUUCAGAAUGCUUUCUGGUUUAGAGAGCGUAAUCCUGAACCUGAGGAUCUGAAGACGGUCUCAGAUUACAAGUAUCGUGUGCAGUACAGUUCUAACAACAACGACUGCACUCUGACAAUCAGAGACCUGAGAGAGAGCGACUCAGCUGAGUUCAAGUUCAGGUUCAUAAUAAACCUUUUAACAGGGAAAUACACUGGUUCACCUGGAGUCACUCUGUCUGUCACAGACCCACAGCUCCUCAUACAUGUGAGGAGAUCAACAGUGAAUGAGUAUUCCACCUGGACAGAGCUGACCUGCCACAACAACUGUCCGCUGCCUGAUCGGUACUCUUACAUCUGGUACAAGAAUGGACAGAAAGUUCAAGAUAAGAAAGUUUAUUUUCAUCCGCACCCAUUAAAUCCUGCAGACAACUAUUCUUGCGCUGUACAAGGACACGAGAUGUUCCCCUCGCCUACAGUGUAUGCUCCAAGACGUCCCUCUGUGUCAGUGAGUCCCUCUGCUGAGAUAGUGGAGGGCAGUUCAGUGAAUCUGACCUGCAGCAGUGAUGCUAACCCAGCAGCUAGCAUUACCUGGUACAAGAGGAAUAGAAAUCAAGCUCAUCAGCAUCUCAGUGAACAACCACAGCUUGUCCUCAGCUCCAUCCAGUUUUCUGACUCUGGAGGGUAUUACUGCACAGCUGAGAACAAGCUGGGGAGUAGGACAUCAGAAAACCUCUUAAUUGAUGUCAGAUAUGCUCCAAAGCUUCCCUCUGUGUCAGUGAGUCCCUCUGCUGAGAUAGUGGAGGGCAGUUCAGUGACUCUGACCUGCAGCAGUGAUGCUAACCCAGCAGCUAACAUUACCUGGUACAAGGAGAACCAAACACUGCCUCAGGGACAUGGAGGAAGUUAUCAUUUCACCUCCAUCAGCUCUGAGGACAGAGGGAUCUACUACUGCAAGUCUGAGAAUCAACAUGGAUCGAUCAACUCUUCAUCUGUAUUCAUAGAUGUCGUGUGUAAGUAG